GCGAUUUUGUUUCCCAACUGCAAAAGCAAAGUCGCAUUCUAUUUUGGUAAAAUGCACCCAUCUCCAUUUUCCCUGUAGAAGAAAAAUAAGAGUCGAGAGAACAGGUGAACUAAACGCAAGGAUCGUAGCUAAUUGUUGGUGCAAAUUGUUAGUUCUGCAUUUGCCUAUUAAAUUUGACAAAUUGCUGUUAUACCAAGAUAGGAAGAGGGAAACUUAGAUAGAAUUAGAGCUUUCUGGGGGGCAUAGACACUUCACAUGUAGUGUAUCAUAGAUGUGAUGAAUAGCACACCAAUUUUGAAGACAAAUUACAAGUUUCUAUUCAGUGGGUUUGGUGGGUAUUCUGUGUUCCUCCAUAUUUCUUUUAAUCCCAGUCGAGUCUACCAGCAGAGCAGGGAAUAUGUGGCCACAAAACCUAGGUGUGGACUCCACAGGAACUGUGAGUUUGACAGUCUUCAGUGCAAGUAUAUUUGUGCUAGUUGCUCUUGUUCUCUCCAUGUAUUUAGUUUUCGAGCAUUUAGGCGCCUAUAAUCAGCCUGAGGAACAGAAGUUUUUGAUUGGUCUCAUUUUAAUGGUUCCCGUUUAUGCAUUGGAAUCAUUUUUGUCACUAUUGGAUUCUGGUGCAGCGUUUAACAGUGAAGUAAUCCGAGAAUGCUAUGAAGCUUUUGCAUUAUACUGCUUUGAGAGAUAUUUGAUAGCUUGCUUAGGUGGUGAGGAAAAAACAAUUCAAUUUAUGGAAAGUAUGAGCCUAACGGACUCCAGCAUUCCUCUUAUUAAAGAAGCAUAUGCAUACGGAGUUGUAGAGCAUCCAUUUCCCUUAAAUCACUUCUUGAGGGAUUGGCAUCUAGGCGCGGAUUUCUAUCAAUCUGUGAAAAUUGGCAUUGUACAAUAUAUGAUACUGAAGUUGAUCUGUGCAUUACUAGCAAUAAUUCUCCAAUCUUUUGGGGUUUAUGGAGAGGGAAAGUUUGAAUGGAAAUAUGGGUAUCCCUAUUUGGCACUAAUUCUUAACUUUAGUCAGACAUGGGCCCUAUAUUGCCUUGUACAGUUCUAUUCCGUUACUAAAGAUAAGUUGAAACCAAUCAAACCAUUGGCAAAGUUUCUAACUUUUAAGUCAAUUGUCUUCCUGACAUGGUGGCAAAGUGUGGCUGUUGCGUUCCUUUUUUAUAUGGGAGCUUUUAGGGGAUCAUUAGCUCAGGAGUUGAAAACACGUAUACAAGACUACAUUAUCUGCAUAGAGAUGGGCGUGGCUGCUGUUGUGCACCUUUACGUCUUCCCAGCAGAACCUUACAAAAGGGGAGAGCGAUGUGUCCGUAAUGUAGCAGUGAUGACCAACUAUGCAUCACUGGGAUCACCUCCAGACCCUGAGGAGGUCCGGGACUGUGAGCGCUCAACAAGAACAUGGCUGGGAGCACCUAAUGAGAGAGAAAAGCCUAUGAAAUUCACCCACAGCGUUCGCGAUGUGGUUGUCGGAAGCGGCGAAAUUAUUGUUGAUGACAUGAAAUUUACGGUUUCACAUGUGGUAGAACCAGUUGAAAGGGGCAUUGCAAAGAUAAACAAAACCUUCCAUCAAAUAUCAGAAAACGUGAAACGCCAUGAGCAGCGGUCGAGAAACACCAAGGAUGAUAGUUAUCUUGUUCCUCUGAGAUCGCGAUCGCCGGAAUUUACCGAUGGACAUGAUACUAUGGUUGAAGGAAGUGUCAGUGAUAGCGGCUUGCCUAGUGGAAAGCGACAGCAUCUCCAAUCCAAAGCAACAACCACCAGAAGUAGAAGAUAGUGUUUUAACCAACAGUUCAAUGUAUAUAUAUAGUCACGCACGAAUAGUUUAUUUCGACGUGAAAUUUUGAACUACGUCGUUAUAUUUUGGUGAAUUUGUUGAAAUAUAAGUGUAGAUAUCUAACAUUAGGUAAUCUAGGUAUAUUGAGACACAGAAUAAUACCCGCGUAAGUAUAUCGAGGCGUAUGCAUCAUGUGUAGUCUCCUGAAAGAGCUGGAUGAACCACUACUGAAUUCAUUUUUCUAGAUUAAAUUUACCCUUUUAUAAUGACGUCAAUUUCAAUUUGCUUAUG